GCGUGCAGCAUGCAGUCACAGAGCCUGAGAGAAUCGGCUCGAACUGCCUUGGUCUCUCACUCGGUGUGGCCAGGUAAACUUGUUUCUACCUGGAUGGAAAGACAGAGAGGGGAUCGGUACCGCCCAAGUGGUCGAGUAGCAACGACGUUGAUGUUUUUCCGAGUCCCAUUCAAAUCCGCAAGUUUCGAGAACCGAAGGCCGCUCUGCAUCAAGAUACAAAGUUACAAAGAUACAAAGCCAAGAUUUUGGUCCUUCCGACUCCUUCGCACUUUAACCCCAACCUCUCUCUCACUUGAAGCAAUGGCAGCACCAAGUUCGGACGUCCAACGGAUCGCAAAGCUCUCAUUGUACUUCAACAAGGUCACACACGGCCAGAGAGAUUUAUCCUCAUCUCGUGAUGGGAAACUGUUCCUCGAGGCUCUGUGUGCUCAACCAGACCCACCUGCAUGCGCCCACAAACUCAUCUCAGCUCCGUCCGGGCUUUCUUCCUUACAGGCAUCUGUGAGAUUAGACACAUCAGUAUCCUUUGUCAACAGUCAUGCUACACCACUGCUUCAAUACCUGCAAAGCCCAGCUCUCAAGUCCAUUGGAUCUGGUUCCGUUCUCACUCAGUUGCUACUUCCUCUGGUUGAUCCGCCAUUCUUCUGGGAGACUUUCACCAAGUUGUUUAUUGGCGGACUUCUGAUUCCGGAAGCAUGUCACGCCUUUGCAUGGUUACUGCUAGAGCUUGUAUCUCAACCUGGCAAGGAAUCCUCGCCUUACGUGGCAUUGGCUGACUCCCCGCCCAUCCUCGACUUGAUUCUAAACUCUCCAGAUGGACAAACUCGAAUCCUGGGUCAAAAAAUCAAACACGCCUUGCCUUUAGAUUCGUCAGAGCUUCAUAUCGAUGCAGAAACAAGACCUGGCGGCAGACAUGAUAAUGACCACUCUAGCCACCGGGAGAUCUCUAUCAUGCCCACCGCAGAUGAACUACUUUCUAAGGACCGACCAUUCUUCCGCACCGCAGAUUUCAUCGAAGACCGUGAACUUGAGGCCUCCCGAGCUGCUAUCCAUAUCGACAAUCAGUUUCGUCUUCUUCGUGAAGAUAUGCUAGGUGAAAUUCGAGAAGAGUUAAAAGUUCUCACUGGCACAAAGCCAGGGCGUCACAGAGGUAUCACCAUAAAUGAUCUAUCGAUCUCUGGAGCGAACAUGGGAACCGACCGUAAACGUUUGCCAUUGGGCAUUGUCUUCAAGAUUAAGGAAGAACUCCCACAGCUGAAGAAAAUCCAGUCCAACCAGAAAAGGCAGUUUCUGAACGAUAAUCGCCAUAUUUUGCGUCAAGGGAGCAUGGCUUGUCUUCUCAUAGACAAUGAACUGGUGGCGUUCCCAACCAUCCAUCGAGAUGAGGAAGAGCUCUCUAAGAUUCCAGCCACGAUAACGCUACAAUUUAAUGACGACGCAAGAAUGUCGAAGGCUCUGGCUAAGACGAAAAUUUCCAACAACAUCCAGUUGGUCCAAUUGGAUGCCGCAAUUUUUGCGUUUGAGCCGUUUUUGAGACGGCUGCAAGACAUUAUUGAUUUGCCAUUGAAGGAAGAGAUCCUUCACUGGGAAGAAGGCAAAGAUAUUGAAGGACCCUCUUUUCAGCCAACAAAAGUCGUUAGAGAGCUGAAAGAGAAGUCAGGGAAAGACUUGAAGAACUUUUUAGGAUUGGAGAAAUCCGUCACCUUGGAUAAAUCACAGAUGAAGUCUCUUUGUACAUGCUUGACGCAACGAGUAAGCUUGGUGCAAGGUCCACCAGGGACUGGAAAAUCAUUCAUUGGCGCUCUCGUAGCAAAGAUCCUGUAUGAUUCUACAUCCCAGGCGAUUCUUGUUGUCUGUUUCACAAAUCAUGCCCUUGACCAAUUUCUUGAGGACCUGAUGGAUAUUGGUAUUCCAUCAUCCGAUAUGAUCCGUCUGGGAGGCAAAUCUACCGAUCGAACAAAGCCGCUAAUGGUGCGAGAGCAAACAGGCGUAAAGCUCACUCCAAACCAUUGGACUCGAAUCGAUAAGCUCAAGCAACGACUCCAGCAUCACGAGACAAGGAUUCGAGAUCUACUUAAACGCUUCCAGAACUCAAACAUGCAGAAAAAUCAACUCAUGGAUUAUCUCGAGUUUCUGUUCGAAGAGCCGCCUUUCUUCGAAUCAUUCACUAUUCCGAAUGGCGGCGAGGAUGGCAUGAUUAGGAUUGGGAAGAGGGGGAAGGAGAUGAGCCCCUUCUACCUACUCGACCGGUGGAUAACAGGCAAGACCGAUUCAGGAUCACUUCAACACGUUCAACCGAAAGGCGCAGCUGAAGUCUGGAGGAUGUCGCCUGAAGCAAGGCUGGCUGCUCUUGAACGAUGGCAAAAAGCGAUUGAAGACGAUCUAAUCAAUGAAAUUCGGGACACUGGAAAACAAUUCAAUGCUGACCAGGGUGAGCUAGAUCGCAUCUUUGGCGAAAGAGAUGGAAGCAUCAUUAAGGCAAAGAGAAUCAUUGCAUGCACAACCAACGGCGCUGCCAAAUACUCGGCAGCAAUUCAAGCCGCUUCCCCAGGAGUUGUACUUGUCGAAGAGGCUGGUGAGAUAUUGGAAGCCCAUAUUUUGACCUCUCUAGGACCCCAUACUCAGCAAUUAAUCAUGAUCGGAGAUCACAAGCAGCUUCGACCAAAGUGUUCAUACGAGCUGAGCGUGGAGCAGGGGGAUGGUUUCGACCUGAAUCGGUCCCUUUUUGAACGUCUCGUCUUGAAAGGCUUCCCACACACCACCCUUACACAACAACACAGGAUGAGGCCGGAAAUCUCUUCGCUCAUUCGUCACUUGACAUAUCCGGAACUCACCGACGCAAACUCAACGCUGAAUCGAGCGGAUCUUCGCGGUUUCCGUGACAAUGUUGUCUUCGUCACCCAUUCCUAUCCGGAGCUUGAACUGAGCAAUUCCCACGAGUUGCACGAUGGUCGAACAUCUUCCAAACAAAACGAGUUUGAGGGCCAGAUGAUACUGAAAUGCGUUCGAUAUCUGGCACAACAAGGCUAUGGAUCCGACAAAUUAGUCGUGAUCACGCCGUACCUCGGGCAACUGAAGCUACUCAGAGACCGAUUGGCUAGUGAAAAUGAUCCUAUUCUCAACGACCUCGACAAAUGGGACUUGGUGCGAGCUGGUCUGUUGACAGACCUCGGUUCGAAGACUUCAAAGCCUUCCCUACGGAUAUCAACGAUAGAUAACUACCAAGGAGAAGAGAGCGACAUCGUCCUGGUCUCAAUGACGCGAAGUAAUAAAUCACAUAACAUCGGUUUCAUGGCGGCGCCUGAGCGAAUUAACGUCCUGCUUUCUCGGGCUCGCGAUGGUCUGAUCAUGAUUGGAAACUCCGACACCUUUUUGAAUGCACAUAAAGGCAAGGAAGUGUGGCGGAAGCUCUUCGAUCUUCUGAAAGAGAACAACCAUGUCUAUGAAGGCUUUCCGAUCAAGUGUGAAAAACACCCCGAUCGAACUGGAUUGCUAUCUUCCCCCGAAGAUUUCGAGAGAGAGUGUCCCGACGGUGGAUGUAAAGAACCAUGUGGUGUUUUACUCAAAUGCGACUUGCACAAAUGCCCAAGCAGUUGCCAUCAGCUUUUUGAUCACUCGAAAGUUCCCUGCAAAUUUAUUAUAACACGAAAGUGCUCCAAUGGCCACAAUCAACAGUGGCAAUGCCAUGCUGGAGCCCCACCGGUGUGUGCCAAGUGCGAAAAUGACAGAAAGCAGGCAGUGAAGAAAGCUCAACGCGACCUCGCUACAAAAAUAAAGAGAGAAGCAAAAGUGCUGGCGCACCUCAACGAAUUAGCAAAGCUCGAUGAACAAAUGGCCCAAUUUACCCAGAGGAUGGAGGACUUGCGUCUUGACAAUGAACAACAGGCCGUCCUUGCGCAAAAAAGAAAGGAUUUUGAGGCUACCAAGGAGCGUGCGAACAAGACACAGAACCCACUUCCAGGGGAUCCUCUGGGUAUCUACCAUGAUGACUGUCCUAAACCCCGAAGCCAACCAGUCAAAAAGGUCCCAAAUACAUCAACCAAACCCUUCAAGUCAGCCCCUAAUCAACAGUCCAAUCUUCGAAAGCAUAUCAAGGCCGCGGUGGAGCACAACAAAUCACGAUCAAAGGCUGACUGGCAACGGCAGAAAGACCAAGAAAAUGCGAGCAAUCCUGCCAUUGAUGAUAUUAUGGAGAUGAUUGGUCUGGAAGAUGUCAAAAGUCAAGUUUUGCGGAUCAAGGCGAAGGUCGAUACCUCCGUCCGCCAGGACACCGACCUCAAGAAGGAACGUCUCGGGCUUGUGCUAUUGGGAAAUCCAGGCACUGGCAAAACUACAGUUGCACGACACUAUGCGAAGGUUUUGACAUCCCUGAAGGUCCUUCCUGGGGAUGGAUUCAUCGAGACAACUGGAUCGCGUCUCGGGCAUGGUGGAGUCGCUGAGGUCAAAGCCCACCUCCAGGAGCUUGAAAAGACUGAAGGUGGAGUAUAUUUCAUUGAUGAGGCAUACCAACUCACAGAAGGACACACCUUCGGUGGGAAAACUGUGCUCGACUUUCUCCUCGCAGAGAUUGAAAACCUGACCGGAAAGGUGGUCUUUGUCUUCGCUGGGUAUCGGAAGGAAAUGGAAAAGUUCUUCGAGCAUAAUCCAGGUCUUCCAAGUCGCAUUCCAUAUACUCUCCAUUUCGAGGACUACACGGACGGAGAACUUCUGGAGAUGCUUGAGUUCCGCAUGAAUCAAUUCUACAAGUCUGGAAUUGAUGUUGAGGAUGGGUUUGAUGGGCUUUAUAUGAAGAUUGCUGUUGGACGUUUGGGGAGAGGUCGAGGACGGGACGGCUUUGGUAAUGCUCGGGCACUUGAAAACAUGUUUUCCAGGAUUCGGGAAAGACAAUCUGAUCGACUUACCAAAGAGAGAAGACUUGGGCUGUUUCCUGACGAUUACGUCAUGACGAAAGAAGACCUCAUCGGACCAGAUCCGUCAAAGGCCAUCUUAACAAGCGAUGCCUAUGCCAAACUCCAACAACUCAUUGGUUUAAAAGAUGUCAAGAAUUCAAUCGACUAUAUGACCAGCCUCAUCAAAACAAAUUAUGAGAGGGAGCUGAAGGAGCAGCAACCAAUUGACGUUUCACUUAAUCGUGUAUUUCUCGGCUCUCCAGGCACCGGCAAGACAACAGUUGCCAAGUUGUAUGGGAGGAUACUGGCUGAUAUUGGAAUGCUCAGCAACGGUGAAGUGGUCACCAAGAACCCCGCAGACUUCAUUGGCAACGUUAUUGGAGCAUCUGAAGCGAAUACGAAAGCCAUCUUGGCUACAACAGUCGGCAAGGUCUUGAUUAUCGACGAAGCAUACAUGCUCUACUCUAGUUCUAGUUCUGGGGGUGGAACCGGAGUCGAUAUAUACAAAACAGCCGUCAUCGACACGAUAGUUGCGGAAGUUCAGAGUGUGCCUGGCGACGAUCGGUGUGUUCUUCUACUUGGAUACGAAGAGCAGAUGAGCGACAUGUUUCAGAACGUCAAUCCAGGCCUUGGCCGGCGAUUCCAAUUCUCGACCCCCAUCCGUUUCAAAGAUUUCAAUGAUCAGGAAUUGGAACAAAUCCUUCGCUACAAGCUCAAAGCCAAGCAUUUAUCGGCUACUGAACCGGCUGUGUCUACAGCUAUUGGUGUGCUAAGCCGCCUUAGGAAUGGCCUUAACUUUGGAAAUGGAGGGGAAGUGGAAAAUCAGAUUGAACAUGCUCAAGCCAACUACCAGGCUCGACAACUAGGUUUACCUGCUGAGCAACAGUCAACCGACUUUCUUUUCGAGCCUCAAGACUUCGACUUGGAUUAUAAUCGGGCAUCUAGUGCUGAAACCAAUCUGCAAGAGCUAUUCGCGGGAGUGAUUGGCUGUGAAGAGAUCGUCAGUAAACUAAGUGAGUUAUUGACACUUGCCAAGACGAUGCGAGCUCGCGGCCUGGAUCCACUUAGACAGAUACCUACGAACUACAUUUUCAAAGGGCCUCCAGGAACAGGGAAGACAACCACUGCUCGCAAAUUUGGUCAAGUUUACUAUGAUCUCGGAUUACUAUCCCAAGUCGAGGUGGUUGAAUGCUCUGCAGGUGAUCUUACUGGCGAAUACGUUGGUCAAACUUCUCCGAAAACAAUUCGACAGCUCGAGCGAGCCCUGGGCAAAGUCCUGUUCAUUGAUGAAGCCUACAAGCUAGCACAAGGGCCAUACGGUCACGAGGCGAUUAACGAAGUUGUCGAUGCAAUUACCAAGCCCCGAUUUGCAGGGAAACUAGUCAUUAUUCUUGCAGGCUAUAGCAACGACAUGAAUAGGCUGCUUCAAAUCAACGAGGGCUUAAGCAGUCGUUUUGCAGACGAAGUCGUGUUCUCGUCUCUGACCGCCAGUCACUGUCUGCAGCUGCUCGAGAAAAAACUUAAUCAAAGCACGAUUGCAUUCCCUUCAAUGCAUGAACCUGCUAUGCAUGCUCACCUUCUCAGUCAGGUACAGGAGUUGUCCAAACUACCAGCCUGGGGAAAUGCGAGGGAUGUCGAGACGCUGGCAAAGUCCAUGGUGCGCAAGGCAUUUGCCCACGCCGGGAACGGGGUUGAUGCCAUUAUUCUGAAUGCUGAGGAUGCCAAGGACUGCCUCGAGAUCAUGCUUGAGAAAUGCCGCGGGAGAACCAGUGAUGAGCUCACAUCUCAACCGUCGUUCCCUGGCCAAGCCCAAGCAUCGAGAGACCCUCCCUCGGUCCCGCAAGUCACCUCUAGCGCUUCCACUGCCACGGAAACUGGUACCGAACUAGAUAUUCGCGAGGAUAUGGCGCAAACCCCGAGCCCCUCAGACGAACACAUCAGGGAUCCAGGAGUCUCUGAUGCCGUUUGGCAUAGGUUACAAUUCUAUAAGAAACUCGCUGAGCACAGAGCUGGACAGGCCAAGCAAGCCAUUCGCAAGCAUGAAGAAGCACAUCUUCUGGCCGAGAAAGAAGAGAGGAAAGCCAAGGAGAACACCGCCGCUCUUCUUGAGCUCGAAGCAAAAAAUCAAACCAAAGCUGAUGAGCUCUUACUAAAACGAGAGGAAGCUCGCAUUCGUGAGAUCGAAGCAGAAACCGGAGAAGCACAAGAAGAAAGCAGAAGAGUUGUAGCUGCUCUACUUGAAAGGCAGGCUAGGAUUGUAGCUGAAGCUUAUGAGCUUCUCCGCAAGCGCGAGCAAGCUCGUAUCCGUGAAGCAGAAGCAAAAGCUGAGAGGGAAAGAGCUCAUAGAGAGAUGGAAAGGACGAGACUGGAGGAGAUGGCGAGGAGAAAAAAAGAGGAACGGGUCCAGGCAAAGCUGCGGGAGAUGGGAAUUUGUCCAAUGGGUUACAGGUGGAUUAAACAAAGUGGCGGUUAUCGAUGUUCUGCUGGCGGGCAUUGGGUUAGUGACGCGAGUUUGGGUCUUUGAAAUAUUCGCACUCAGACCAAGAAGGUGUGCGUGGGGUCAACAAAAAUUGCAUUUAUUCGCCUUAUCAUUAUAUCUUCCACGUUGUGCAAUUAUUUCCUACCUCGAACACGGCAGCAGUCUUCUUUCGUAUUUCACCGAUGCUUGUAAGCGGAUUACACUUCCUCAGCACCAAAUCUUUCUCGUGAUCCACAUCAAACAUAGCUAAAUCGGUGACGGUAGUGUAAAGACCCCUCGCUCACGUGAUUGGAAGAUCGCAUUUCUUCUUGCUCUUCGACUUCCCAUAUUUAUCAACGCGGGUUUGGACAACGAGCACUUUCGUCUUUUCAAGAUUGGAAACGAGGUUCAUUGCUCCUCCCAUCCCUUUCACCAUCUUCGCUGGGAUCAUAAAAUUUGCCAUAUUACUAUACUGACUGCG